UGCGCGUGCCCAGUGCGGCCGCCAAGAUGGUGGUGGGCGCGUUCCCCAUGGCGAAGCUGCUCUACCUGGGCAUCCGGCAGGUCAGCAAGCCGCUGGCCAACCGCAUUAAGGAGGCCGCCCGCCGCAGCGAGUUCUUCAAGACCUACAUCUGCCUCCCUCCGGCUCAGCUGUACCACUGGGUGGAGAUGCGGACCAAGAUGCGCAUCAUGGGCUUCCGGGGCACAACCAUCAAGCCGCUGAACGAGGAAGCGGCCGCCGAGCUGGGCGCCGAGCUGCUGGGUGAAGCCACCAUCUUCAUCGUGGGCGGAGGCUGCCUGGUCCUGGAGUACUGGCGCCAGCAGUCGCAGCAGCAUCGCAAGGAGGAAGAGCGGCGGGCCGCCUGGGAUGCGCUGCGGGACGAGGUGGGCCACCUGGCGCUGGCGCUCGAGGCGCUGCAGGCGCAGGUGCAAGCGGCACCGCCGCAGGGCGCGCUGGACGAGCUGCGUGCCCAGGUGCAGGAGGUGCGCGCCCAGCUCUGCGCUUCCAACAACGCCGACCAGCGGCAAGCACACCAAGCCGAGAAGUCCCCGCCCCAAGCGCCAUCGACGUCUAAGAACUAGGGGACUACUGAAGCUGAACUUGAACAUGGCUGUGUGUGCCCUGCCUGGCCGUCUUCCCCACCAGACCCUGCCUGCGCUGGCCCAACAGAAACCAUGGGGAUUUUGAGGCUGCUUGGUACUUGGGUGCCACAUGUCUUCUGUUAUGCCGCCCCCACAGGUGAAGCUAGGCAGCUGUGGCUACCCCUCCAGCUCCGAGUCACUGGCACCACCUACAAGGCUCGCCUUCCCCCUCAGACCACAGGGACCUACUCCGUCCUGGCCUGCUGGACACCAAGAGACCUCUUCUGGCAAAA